UGUCAUCCUCCUCAAUUAUUGUUGCUCCUUGUUCACCGCCCGCCCCGCCCUCGCAAGUCUACUCGAAGCGUCUGAUAAAAAUAUCUGCCAACUGACAGUGUCGACAUCGCCUCGAGCCCUCCACUUCCCACGUCUAUCCUCAGCCAAGCCAGAAAGGUCCUGCAAUCGGAUGCUCAGAUGGCGUCCGCCAAGCGCAAGAGAACCGGCACGGGCUUGAAUGCCACCCCCAAUGCCGCAGGGAGAGUUGGCUUUGUGCCUCAGUCCCCCCAGACGCCUCUCGUCGCGACACCGCUCACCGACUCAGCCACGCACCCUUCAAAGCGCAAGAAGCUGGGCAGUGAAUCGUCGAGCAAGAAGAAGCGAAACCACAGAGAAACACGCGAGGAGUCCGAGGAGCUCCCCUACGUCAGCAGUCCGGUCUCCGCGAAGCGGAACCCUGCCUCUGCCGAUGGUCACCAUGCGCCUCCCCCGGUGCCAGAGACUCCCCAACCCGAGAUCCCCAUUGAUCCAGCUAUCACGGGCGAGACCAUGUCCGUUCGCAAGGAUCAGGACCAGCCCAUGGAAGAUGCCGAUCAGACAGGCACUAGAGUCUCGACCCCUUGGUCCAAAGAUACAACCCGAGAAUCCUCCGCGUUGAAUUCUACGAAGAAGGGUCGCCGCGACUAUGAGGAGACCAACGGUAAGAAGGGCUUUUUUGAGGCAGACGAGAUCGAGAAGCUGGAGGCCUUCAAGCUGGAAUUCUGUACCACCCACGGUCAGGUUGCGGAUGUGUUCGACAGCAUGGUGCAGCAUUCGGAUCGCGACCGCCAGGAUUGGCCCGUGCACAACGACAUCAUCACGAAGUCGGAGUUCUGGAAGAGAGUCUACGAGACUCUCCCGAACCGCGACAAAAGAUCCAUCUACCGGUUCAUGCGGCGCCAUUUCCAGUGCUCGAGCCAGAAGCCCCACCAAUGGACUCACGAGCAGGAUGAGGAGCUCGUUUCGCUCCACAGACUACACGGGGCGCGGUGGGCUUACAUUGCGAGGAUGCUCGGCCGCAGCGAUGACGAUGUCGUCCAGCGGUGGAAGAACCGCCUGCAGCACCGUCGCACCAUGAACCAUGGGUCCUGGAAAGAGGAGGAAGUCCGAGCCCUGCUGGAGGCCGUGCAAGCCGCAUGGCAUGCCAUGAAAGCCGCCGGGGAGAAUGUUGGCCGGGAUAUCUACGAAAUGGACGAAUUCUCGAUUGCCUGGGGCCCGAUCAGCGACCGAAUGAAUAACUGCCGCUCCCGCCAGCAGUGUGCGGACAAGUGGCGGAAACUGCGGUUCAAGGUCAUGGCCCAGCGCUCUAUGGGCAAUCCUGAUGCGUUCUUUGACCCGGCGACCACAAAGCCACGCCGCCAUCGUUAUAACAAAUCGCAGGAGAAGAGUACCCCUAAGAACCAGACAUUCAAGAGCAAUGAGUUCGUGGGGUCGGAAGAUGAAGACGCGAACCAAGAACCGCGGACGACAGAGAAGGAGAAACACGCGCAAGAAGACGAGGUGGAGGAAGAGGAGGAGGAAGAGGAAGAGGAAAGCGAAGACGAAUCCGCCGAGCCCACAGUCCCUAUCAAGCAUGAACGGCAUUCCCCGGAGCCGGAUGAUGCCGACCUGCCACCCCCAUCCAAGCAGCCCAGCGGCGCCGUGCGUCACAUCACGACGACCGACUCACGCGAGGACUCCGUCGCGGAAUCCUCUACCGAUGAGGCCGAGUCCGACGACGAGCCCGCUGACCCGGUCAUCAAGCAGGAGUAUGCCGCAGAAAGCGAGUCGGAGCCAGAGGAGUCGCCCAGCCCUCACUCCAAGCGCGACAUCAAGCCCAACCUCAACCUCCUGGACGACGAGGCCGCAACCGAGAGCGAGAGCGAAGACGACGACGAGGAGGAAGGGGAGGAGGAGGAGAACUACGCAACGCCGCCGAGCGGAAGAAAGGCCGGACUCCCGGGUUCCAAAGUCACAUCCCCCAGCGCCACGAAGUCGUCGCACCAGCAACAAGACAACAAGCCCCGGAGCCCAUUGACGACAAUCAAAACCAGAAAAUCUCCCUCCCCAACCGCCUCCGUCUCCUCUUCCUCCUCCGAAGCCGAAGAUGACGAAGAAGAAGGAGGCAGCGAAACAAGCAGCACAGGCGGCGACUGGCCAGCCAAACCACCCACGCAAACCACCCCACUACAACCACCACCAUCCUCCUCCUCCAACAACACCAACACCCGCAAACCCACGGGAUCAACCACCACCACGACCACGAAGCGCAACAUCACCUCCAUGCACCAACAAGCACCCACAAGAACCACCCGCUCCACCCGCUCCAAUCCCGCGCCCGAACCCGAAGAAGACGACACCUCCUCCUCGGACGAAGAAGAAGAAGAAGCAGCCUCCGCGCAAACCAAGCAAGAGCAACAACCCCGUCGUCCAACCUUCCCCACGCGUCCAUCCUUCGGCUCAAGCUCCCAACCCUCCCAACCUUUAAGCCAACGCGCAUCCCUCAAAGAAUUAAAGGCCGCUAGUCUCCGUCAGGCGAAUAGCAAACUUAAGACUCCCAGUGCGAAUACCUUGAUUGACAUCGUUGCUGAUGCGAAGAAGCGGGCGCAGGAGGAAUCUUCUUCUUCGUCGGAGGAUGAGGAUGAUGAGGAUGAUGAUGAGUGAGGCGUUAGUUAAUAGGUUGAGGCUGUUUGGGUGUGUAAGAAAGAGAGGGCUGGGUUGUGCUAUCUACUGUGGAUCUUGUUGCGGUGCUACAUGAUAAGGAGUGUCGGGAGAAUGCUGAGAGAAGAAUGAUGAGGAGGAGAGGGGGAGGAGAAGGGAGAGGGAGCGAUGAAUUUAUUUGAUUUGAUUGUUGUUUCCUGUUAAUUGUUGAUUCUCUGAUAUGAGUGAUAAGAUGAGGCAA